AGCAGUAUGUCUGACAAACUUAACGAAUUUCUUUUGAAGAGAGGCAUUUGGCCGGCUGUAUUACAAAGACUUGUCGCUGAUAAGAUUGACUGCAGUGCCAUGCUGUUAAUGGAUGACAAUACGUUGAAAUCAUACUUACCUGCGUAUGGUGAUAGAGUGUCGGCAAUUGCUUUCUGCAGGUCUCAAACUGAAGGUGAUCUGUCAAUCACUGAAAGUAAUCAGUGCUCAAAUGCAUUGAAUGAAUUACUUGGAAAAUGGAAAAAGAGCGAUCUACUCUCCGCAGCUGUGGUUUCAAAGCUGGAAAUGCUUAUGCGGAAAGGACUAUAAGAAGAUUGGAGCUAGAAUGGAUGGAUUACAGCAACCAAUCCAUGUGUUAUAAGCAAGUGAGGCAACUAUGUGGAGGUGGUGUCCGCCAUCUCACGGUUGAGAAAACACUUUCUUUAAAGGCAGUCCUUAACCAUGCUUUAGAUGCAUUCUUUCCAUCCGGCGUUUCCCAACGAGGUAUUCUACAAGAGUUUGAAUUAGAAUUGAAAGACUUCCAAUGCAUGUGUGUCAAUAUGGAAAAGACAAUCAACGAACUCUAUAUUGAGUCAAAAUUAAAGAUAUUUCGGGUAUAUUUAUAUAGCAAAAAGAAGACUGAAAAGGUAGGAGAAGAGGUGCACACUGCCACCAACAAGCCGUCCAGUACAGUGAAAGAGGUGGCACUAGAGGUUCAGAAUGUGACCACGGCGCCGAUUGCUGUUCGUGACGCAACUCUUCUCGCAUCUAAUGAGUGCAUGUCUUCGUCAGAUGAGCUUGACCAGCACACUGUAGUGUCAUUGCCAGACUUGCAGGACUGGUCACCUCCCUCGUCUGGUAUACAGUGCGAGUCACACAGAUCAGAGACACUCCAGGCGUUUCGACAGGAGAACUGCUCAGAUGACAUUGAAUUAGGAACACCUACUGUGGUGACAAAUAGGCAGACGUACAUGGAGGCUUGUGGUGCAGCUGAUACAGCACACAUAGAGGUUAUAGACAUACCAGCUCCUCAGAGAAGACAGUUUAGUUUGCGUAGAGUGUCUCCUGCUGCCACAGUAAUAUACAGUGAAUCAGCUGAUAUGUCAGGAAGUAUUAACAACCACUCUAUAGAAUCUGAUGCCGUCACAGUAGAAGAUCAGUCUUCCAACCAGACAAAUGAUGCUAUGUCAGCGGAAGAGUAUUUCGGACAAGAUGACAUCCACAAUAAGGAAGAGAAAGACAGUUCACUGUUGAAGAAAUGGGUUGACAAAGCACUACAGCCCUCAGAGCCACAAACCAUAGUUGUUCAACGGGAGAGACUGUUACAAACGACGUUAAGAGUUGUUGGUUACUCUACUUUCAACUGGUCACAGCCGCUGCGAAUAGUAUUCUCUGGUGAAGAUGACCAAAGAGGUCCAAAGAUAGAAUAUCUCUGGUGUAACACUUUAUUGCAUGUUGCUGCACCUUCUGCUCCUUCAAACUUCAUCAGUUUCAUCAAAAAUGUUUGGAAAUGA